AUGGCGGAUGCGUGAGUAUCGUUCGAGGUCGAUGAAAUCUAAAAGCAUCGAUAAUUAAUAUCAUUCUAUUAUUUUUAAAAUGUGUUAUUAAUCAUUCUUUUAAAGUUCCUUUCUAUAUUCAUAUUGUAGUUUUUGAUUUUUUUUCAUAAAAAUGAAGAAUUAUCAAUGCUGACAAGUUGCAUCAUUGAUCAAUAUGAAACAUCAUAUUUCAGUAUACAUAUUAAUAAUUAUAUUAAUUUUUUAAUAAAACUUAAUUUUUUGUUUUGUGUUAAAUUAAAUUUCUGUAUGUAUUAUUUAAAAUAAUAUAUUUCUUGGCAACAUAACCUAUGCAUACAAUCUAACCUAAUUCUAUUCUAUAUACCAUGCGACUUGUCUAAUUUUAUUUGAGGAAAAUAUGUAAUUUUUAACUUUAAUAAAUAAUUUUGUAUGUAGAAAGAAAGAAGCUGAACCUGCAGCAACUAAAAAGCUGCCUGCAGUGCCGGAGUCAGUCCUUAAAAGAAGGAAAACUCGCGAAGCUGUACGGGCUGCACGUCUUCAAAUAUCGAUCAAGCAACGUGCGAAUCGAUACCAGAAAAGGAAAACAAUCUUCAAAAGGGCUGAAAAGUAUGUGAGAGAAUACAGAACAAAAGAAAGAGAUGAAAUCAGAUUGAUGAGACAAGCCAAAAAUCGUGGCAAUUAUUACAUCCCUGGAGAAGCACGUCUUGCGUUUGUUAUCCGUAUUCGAGGUGUGAAUCAAGUUGCUCCUAAGGUUCGCAAAGUACUUCAGCUGUUUCGAUUGAAACAGAUUAAUAAUGGUGUAUUUUUGAAGCUGAACAAGGCAACAAUUAACAUGCUUCGUAUUGUUGAACCUUAUGUCACGUGGGGAUAUCCAAAUUUGAAAUCAGUUAGAGAAUUGAUCUACAAGAGAGGAUUUGCAAAAAUAAAUAGGCAGCGUAUUCCUAUUACCAGCAAUUCAAUCAUUGAAAAGAAACUUGCUCAACACGCCUAAUGGUGGAUGGCGUAAGAAGACUAACCACUAUGUUGAAGGUGGUGAUUUUGGUAACCGUGAAGACAAAAUCAAUGAACUUCUCAGGAGAAUGUUUAAAAAUAUAACAGAAGUGCCUAAAGUUAAUACAAAUAAAAAAAAGUUAGCAUUGAACAUAAAUCACUCAAAUCAAAUGCAGAAUCUUUAUGAUAAUACAAAGAAAGAAAAAGGUAGCAUAAAAGUAGGUAAUAUUUCAAAAAAUCAGGAAAGAUUGCAAAAUAUAAAUUGUACUGCUAAAAAUUUAAAACAAAAUCAAACUACCUCAACUGAUGUACCAAAGUCUCAAAAAACAGACAUAAGAUCUGAACAAAGUACUAGUAAAAAAUACUUCAAUAAAAGUAUAGAAAAAAAUAAAGGAGAAUCUAAAUAUGCAAUUGAUGGAAAUUUAUUUAACAAAUCUAAAAAUAUUCACAAGCAAACUAGGUUUGAUGACUAUAUCACACCAUAUAAAAAAGGAAUGCCAAACAAAAGAAGAAUGAGUACUAAUACAGAAUCGAAAGAAGCAAUAAUUUGUAACAUUCCUUUAUCAGUUAAAACUGGAACAAAUGAUAUUGGUAAUGAAACAAAACACAUAUAUCAAGAGCUUAAAAAUAAAGAUGAUAAAAAAAAUAUGGAUACACUUGAGUCAUGCAAUUCUACUUCUAUCACAUUAGCUGUAGCAAAAAAUUCAUUGCCUUUGAAUGUCAGUAACAUUUCUGAAAAUCACUCUAAUAUUAAAAAUAAAGAUUCGCAACAUUAUAAAAAUAAAAUAAAUAAUGAAAACUUGAAAUUGAAAAAUUUAAUAAAUAUGGAACUAAAUGAUGAGAGUGGUAAUGAAGUACAAAUGGACACAAUAAAUAGUUCUCUAUUUGAAUGUGAAAUAUCUUUAAAAUUAAAAAACUCUGAAAAUAUAAAUGUUACAAACGCUAAUGAAGAUAGAAUUAGUUUUUCAUAUGUGGAUCAAAAAAAUUUAAACACAGAUUUAAUAAAUCAAAGUGAUAACAACCAAAUUUUAAUGAAUAUACCAGUAAAAAAGAAGAGAGGAAGACCUAGAAAAACUAUGCAUACAGUUCAAGAAACUUCAGAUAUUUCAAAUAAGAAAUUAGAAGAAAAUUUAAGAACUUUACAAAAAAUAAAUGAUAUUUCUAUCGGAGAAACAAUUGUUCAUAGUAAGAGACACAGUGAACAAUCAUAUAAUUUUAGCAAUAAUGAUGGUAUAAGUGAUAAUAAUAGUACUGAAGAUAACAUUCCAAAUUCAAUUAUUGUUAGAGAAAGAGAUAGAUCACCAGGUACAUCUGCAGGCGAAGCUAUAAGCAAGGAAAGAGGAAGAGGAAGAGGAAGAGGAAGAGGAAGAGGAAGAGGAAGAGGAAAAGGAAGAGAAGGAGGAAAAGAAAGAGAAGGAGGAGGAGGAAGAGGAAGAGGAAGAGGAAGAGGAAGAGGCAGGGGUAGGGGCAGGGGUAGAGGAUCAUCUUAUUCUGCAUUAGAUACUGAAUAUAUAUCAAAAUUAAAGGGACCAAUAAAUAAAGAAGAAAUAAAAGUAGAAGACUCAAGUGAAAGUAAUAUUGUUGCUUAUACAUCAGAAGUAAAUUUAAUAACUUGUGCCAAAUGUGAAGAAAAUAUAUUAAAAAAUAAAUGGGAUUCGCACAAUUUGAUUAAACAUAACAAUAUGAGUUGGAAGAAGGGCGAUGAACCCAUAAUUUUUGAAAAAAAUAUUAAAUUGUGGAGAAAAGUAUUGAUGUCUGCUAUUAAAAAGAAAAGGGGUCAAUUAUCUUGCGAAAAGUGCGGAACUGUAAAGCGAAGUGUGUGUGGUUUUAUAUCUCAUAUGCAAUUCUGUGGAAAAUCAGAAGAAGAAAAGCAAGCUUUGAUGGUAAGUUGUCCUAUCUGUAGUGCUGUUAUAAUGCCAUCUUCUAUGAAAAUACAUGAAAGAACUCAUAGGCAACCAGAACGUAAAAUAAUCGAAUUACAAUUACAUACUACUGAUAAUGAAAGAGUAAAACGUAAAGCUGCAGAAAAAAAAAUUUAAUCAAAAUGCCUGAUCAUAAAAAACCUAUACCGUCUGUAUGGAAAGGUAUAUGGAAAAAAGAAGUGUCUUCAAUGGGAACAAUAAAUUGUCGUCAAAUAGGUUGUACUUAUACAUGUUCUUCUGUUGAAGAUAUGUGUAAACAUUUUCCUAAUUGUAAUUUCACUCCUCAAGAGUCUUAUAUGUGUAAAAUGUGUAAAUUUUCAACUACCUCUGAUGAAGACAUAAAAAAGCAUAUAAUAGAAAAGCACGCAACAGUAGAUGAAAUCGAUAGGUCAUCAGAUUUUGAAGAAGAACAUUAUAGUUCAGAUGAAAUGAAAAAAAGAAUUACGAAUUUUGUUUAUUUAAUGACUAUUCUCCAAAUCAAUUCACUUUGUUAAACAAUGAUGAUAUUCUUAAAUAUUUGCCAGAACUAGAAAUUUCCAUGCGAACAAAAAAAGAAAGCGUAUGUAAAACACUAUCUAAUACAGAAAUUAUAUGGAAGCAGUGGAAACGAUUUGAAGGUGGUUUAGAUGAAGAUACUUCGACUUUUUUUACUGGUGGUCCAGUAUGGGCAUUAGCUUGGUUGCCUAUUCCAUCACCAAUGUAUUCUAAAGAACCUUACCAAUAUAUCGCAAUUAGUACUCAUCCAACAAUGAAAAGUGAAUACACUGUAGGAAAAUCACACUCGGAACAUAAUAUGAUACAAGUUUGGAAUGUUGGACCUUUGAAUCAUGAGAAUAGUAGUAAAAUACAAUCUCCUACUUUAUCAUAUGUUAUUGCACACAAUAGUGGUACUAUAUGGUGUCUAGAAUGGUGUCCUUCUGGAUGCUAUCAAGAUGAAAGUCUGAAUAAUUAUAAGGAUAAAAACGAAAUGUCUAAUAAUCUUAAGCGAAUGGGUAUGCUUGCGGCAGCUUGCUCAAACGGAAAUGUAAAUAUUUAUUCAUUACCUUUUCCAGAAGAACUUAAAUUUAAGAAGACCACAACCAAUGAAUGGCCUAUAUAUUCUACUGAUCCAAUAAUAACAUUAGUUGUAAAUAUUUCAAUGUAUGAUAACAAAAAUCAAAAUUGGCAAUGCACCAAGAUAUCAUGGACGAAGGAGCACGGCCAUAAUACAAUCGCUGCUGGAUUUUCAAAUGGUUAUAUAGCUUUAUGGGAUUUAACAUACAAAUCUCCAUUAUCAAUGCAAAAGAGACAAAACACAUAUUUUAUAAAUGCAUUUCAGCAUUUUUAUGCUCAUGGUAAUGCUGUGAGUAUGCUAGUAUUAAUUCCGUAUAAUGGAGAAAGAUUUUUAGCUUCUGGCAGUCUAGAUAGGUCAUACAAAUUUUGGAAUUUAGAAGACACGAGUACUCCUCAAACUGCAAUGCAGAAAUCUAUUAUAACAAAUGGUGCAUGGAUGACACAUUGGCCAUGUGCUGUUAUUACUUUUGAUGAUGCUUUAGGGCUAUAGCUAUUUCUGAUUAUGCAAAUAGCAUCGCGCACGGCACAGUAGCUGGAGAAAUACAAACAAUCUUUGCACAUGAUAUUAUACAUGGUAGAGAUAUCGAAAGAGCUUUACAGAAGAAAAAAAAGUUGAGCUCAUGUGUUAAAAUAGUGGACUUCUUAGAAAAAGAAGAAGAUGAUAAAAAUGAUAAAAUGCACAAAAAGAAUUCUAAAGAUUAUUGUUACAUGCCGGAAACUUAUGAUGAGUGCCAGAAUAGAUUUGGCAUUAUCUUUUGCGAUAAUUUAAAAAUAUCUUGGAAUCCGAAUCCAUGGAGUUACUUAUGGAUGGUUGUUGGUUACCAAAACGGUUUGGUGAGAUUAUUAAACUUCAGAUACAUGUCUAUGUCACGUGAAUUAUUAUUGCCUCAACAUGUAAAAUCUAUGCUUAAUAAAGCAAAGAUUACAACAAAAGAAUGUUAUUAACGGGAAAAUAAUCAUGAUCUAUAAUAUCUAUAUUAUACUAAAAUCAAGUAUUAUGAAAGUCAUGGUGAUUGCUUGUUAUUAAUAUGUAGUAAAUUAUUUUUCAUAAUUUUAUACAAAUAUUAAACUGACUACGUAAAAAUUGGACAAGGCCAAUGAUUGAACAAAAUUUAUUGUUAUGUAUUUAAAUUUUAUUAAAUAUAUCUAGAAUAUUUAAUGUUAAUAAGUUUUGUACAAAUAAGUUUUGUAAUUUUGAAUAUUUAAAAUAUGACAUGUUUAAUUAUGUUAAUAAACAAGAUUUUUUAUUGUUAAUACAAGCAACCCCAAUUUGUAUUAUGCUUUUAUAUUAAUAACGUAACAUAACAUAACGUAACAAAACAAUGUAAAUUUG